CUCAUGCUGAAGUAGGUGGCGUGUGAUGUAAUUUCUAAGAAGAUAUAAAUAUCGUCACACUGUGAAAAGCUGUGUUAGUAUACCCGAGCAACACGUAAAAACGUAUCAUUGGGCACAAAACAACUUAGGGGAUCAAGACAGAAAAAACUUCUUCGGAUGCCACGGCGUUUUACCAACGCCACUCCAUGCAGCACCAGGUGGAAAGUCGCGGCUUCAUUUGGAACUGACAUUUUGUUUUCCCCCGUAUUCUCGCCCUUACCGUUUUCGCCCGAAGAACAAAGUGGACGGAGAAGAAAGUAUUUGAGUUAAUUUGACUCAUUCGAGCAGGUGUUCCCCUGCGGAUCAGGAUGGCUGUCGAAUCGGCCUUCUUCGCAAUGCUGGCGAUGGGGCUGGUGUCGAGUUUGGCGCAUUGCUCCCCUUUGCAUGUGAGGCACAACGGCACAUUUGAGCGAGACUGGCAGACUCUCUACUCGCGCUCCUUGGCUCGGAUGCCCGGAGAGACAAGAGACAUCAGCCGGGACAGCGACUAUCUUAUGGGCAUCAAAAGGCUGCGACGUCUUUACUGUAAUGUAGGCAUUGGAUUUCACAUCCAAGUUUUACCCGACGGAAAGAUAACCGGAGUCCAUAACGAAAACCGAUACAGUCUUCUUGAAAUAUCUCCGGUGGAAAGAGGUGUUGUGACGCUAUUUGGCGUUCGGAGCGGUCUAUUCGUGGCCAUGAACAGCAAGGGGAAGUUGUACGGAUCGCGACAUUUCAGUGAGGAAUGCAAGUUCAAGGAGAAGCUACUAGCCAACAACUACAACGCCUACGAGUCACGGGCGUACCCGGAGAUGUACGUGGGACUGACCAAAACCGGCAGGACGAAAAAAGGAAACCGCAUUUCUCCAGCCAUGACAGUGACACAUUUUUUACCCAGAAUGUGACGCCGAUGCAGCGAGACGUUACCUCAAUGCAGAGAGGCGGAACCUGAGGACUUAAAACAAGCGCACUUUCAAACGGAGUUUUAUGCAAGAGUAGGUCUAUCAUAUUUAAAUUAUUUAAGUAUGUAUAUAUUGUGGCAGAAGUAUAUUUAUUAUUCUUGGUCAUUUUAUAUUUCUAACAAACUGGCCCUCCAGUCGUGGAGAAAAUGUAGAGAAUCCUCCGAGUUAUUUAUUUUUUAAAAUAUCUAUCAGUGUGCUGCUAUGAAGUGUUUGGACACGUGAGAUACCUUUGUUUUAUGUUGAGGUUUGCACUGUUUAUGAAUGCCAUUGUACAGCGCUAGUGUUUAAGAUUACGUUUCCGCUUUUUCUGGGAUGGAACUCGUAAAUCUUACAGUGAAAAUUAGGUGGUGCUGCAAGCCAAAGCCGUGUGACCUCCUUUGUGUGGCGUGGGGAUCUAAUUGAAAACAGUAUCAGUUUACUUCUCGUCACAGAUAGUGCCAUGUUGAAGCCUUACCCAUCAAUUCUGUUUUUAGCUCUGCCAUGACUUGAACUUUGAACUUUUCUGCAGUCAAUCUUCAUCAGAUCUACGAUAGAGGCGCAGUGCCUCCAUACUGGCACGCCAAUGCACUGUUGCAGCCUUGGCUGUUUUUAUAAAUGCAUAUUUUACAACGGGAAGUCAGAAUGUUGAGUCAGAAUUGCACUGCGGAGAGUAUAGGGAGGUUAUAGUUUGCCUUUGGCUGGAGGACUGCAACAAUCACACAUAAGCAUCAGCAUUACCCCUACGAAAAAUCACGUGCAAAAACCACGUGUUCAGAAACCACACAUGAACACCCAACAUUUGAAGAGUGCACAUGUGAACUUUUAAAAUAAUCCCACUUACACAAGAUGAGUGUAAAAAAAAAAGUAACGUGUGCUAUUUUAAGUCACAUGUUUUGUUUUCACAUGUGAAAAUUGCAGUUCACAUUUUAAAAAGUCAGUGACGUGAAAAUGUGAAUGACUCAAUGUGACUUAUUUUAUUUUUACGUGGAAAUGUCCAGUUCACAUAUGCUAUUUUGGUCACAUGUGAAUAUUUUAAUUGUGGCUUUCACAUGUGAAAAAGGAAAUUUUUAAUGAUUUUUAAAUUUAUUUUAUUUCUUGUAAGGGACUGCAGGCACACAUAUUAUGCAAAGAGGGGGGAGGGACUACGGAAUGAUUGAUAUGCAGUUGCCAUGGAUGACAGUAUGCGUGCUGUAUUUGCAGUAUUUCAGAGGAGGAACAUGCUCCCGCCUCUCUCUGUCCCUCUUCCCCUUUCUCUACCUCAGAUCAUUGAUCAGCCCCUUAUAGCAGAAAUGUGCUAAUGUUGGUUAGCCUCUGACGACCCGCCUGCUUUCCUUAUACCCUCACCCUUACAUACAGGCCGCUGGGUUACCAGACCCGCCUGCUUUCCUUAUACCCUCACCCUUACAUACAGGCCGCUGGGUUACCAGACCCGCCUGCUUUCCUUAUACCCUCACCCUUACAUACAGGCCGCUGGGUUACCCUUACAUACAGGCCGCUGGGUUACCGGACCUGCCUGCUUUCCUUAUACCCUCACCCUUACAUACAGGCCGCUGGGUUACCGGACCCGCCUGCUUUCCUUAUACCCUCACCCUUACAUACAGGCCGCUGGGUUACCCUUACAUACAGGCCGCUGGGUUACCGGACCUGCCUGCUUUCCUUAUACCCUCACCCUUACAUACAGGCCGCUGGGUUACCGGACCUGCCUGCUUUCCUUAUACCCUCACCCUUACAUACAGGCCGUUGGGUUACCGGACCCGCCUGCUUUCCUUAUACCCUCACCCUUACAUACAGGCCGCUGGGUUACCCUUACAUACAGGCCGCUGGGUUACCGGACCUGCCUGCUUUCCUUAUACCCUCACCCUUACAUACAGGCCGCUGGGUUACCGGACCUGCCUGCUUUCCUUAUACCCUCACCCUUACAUACAGGCCGCUGGGUUACCGGACCUGCCUGCUUUCCUUAUACCCUCACCCUUACAUACAGGCCGCUGGGUUACCGGACCUGCCUGCUUUCCUUAUACCCUCACCCUUACAUACAGGCCGUUGGGCUGCCAGGACCGUUCAAGCCGAGGGCUGUCCCAUUUGAGCUAUCUUUAUCACACUCAUUUACUUUUAGGAAGGAUAAUCAUGGAGGAGAUAUAAGCUGACAGCUGUUACACUACAUUACAGUAUAUGGACAUCCAGUAACCCUCUAUUUUUCUUCAUAUAUUUGGUAAAUAUAAACUCGUGGUAGCGGGCGGGGAAGCGAGGUGCAGCUAGAGGAACACCCUGCCGUGUGCGCGCGCGCGCGUGUGUGUGUGUGUAAACCAAGGCUCUGGGCCCGGCUCACUGCUGUCGCCUGGGCCCUUUAAACCCAGAGGCUCGUUCAGGUCGGCGAGUGGAAGCGGAGGACAGCUGGGAUCGUGGCUGGAUCGGAGCCCAUGUUUGCUCUGAGGCUCUGCUUCUCCAGGGUAUGCUCGUCAGGCCCGCGCCCAGGACUAUAGAUUCCUCAUUGUCACUGUUACUAGCCAAUCGCGUUGGUUCAGACCUCACUUCAUUUAAUGGCUCUCUGAUGUCAGAAUAGCAGAAACAUAGUGAUAUAGUGCUCUGAAAUCAUUAGCUCUACUACAAUGUAUGCUAUGUGUCACAGCCACCUAAUCUACUUGGGUAAGAAACCAUGGAAAUGGGACUUCAGCCAUCUGAAUGGUGAUGACGGUCCCACAUGUUCGAUUUACAGGGACUAUAUAUCAGAUAUCUUUAACAGCCUGUUCUUGGGCUGUGAUUGUUGUUUACAAUAAGCAGUUUGGUUGGUAUAGUCCUGGAAGGCUCAUAGAAUUUGUACACAGUAUCUACUGAAUCAUCAUAUUCAUGAAAAAACAGGGCUUGCAAUUGUAACACACAGCUAUAAAUAUAUCAUGUUUUUUUUUCCUCAAGUAGCAAUCAUCCCUUUUUGGAGGUGCAAGUCAUUCAGAAUUAGCCAUUCACAUUCUCUUAGGUUUCUCCAUUCAGGUGCGUAGCUGCCGUUCACGUUAGCAUAAAGGCUGAAGCUAACGGUCAAGUGUUUUGUAUUUCAUUUUUAUGCAUUUACCAGAAUUUGUCUGUAGUUUUAUACAGGUGCUGUUAAAUGCUGUGGAGUAUGUGCCGUGCACAUUGUGAAUCAUAACUUAAA